GCAGCCUAUAAUACACGGCGCGGUGUUGUUUACGGGUUCUGGUUCUGCAGCGGCGACAGCAACAUGUCUCAGGCUCAGGUCACCGAGUUCUUCUGUCAGAGGAAGAACGGAGCAGCGAGGGCCCCAGGAAAUCAGCGCAAAGGAGGGGUGAGAGGCUCCUCGGCCUGCAGCUUCCACCAUGGAAAUAAAGAGUCCGCUCUCUGCUGCUCUCCGGUCCGUGAGGAGUUUGUCCGGCUUGUAGACGAGGCAGCGGGGCUGAGUAAUGACAGGCAGUCCGCCUCCAGCAGACCCGACACGGAUCCGGCCAGUCCCCGGACUCCCAAAAGGAGCUCGGCCGAAGCAGAGUUCGACCUCGGAGCUGCAGUGUUCUCAGCCACGGCCGAGCACUCCUCGGUCAAAAGGAGACGGCAAGCCGGAAGGGCCAGAGAGGCUGAGGCGAACACGACUGAGAAAACAACCAGGAGGACAGCCAGGAAGAAGCUCGUCCUGCCCGGGGACACAACACAGGCUUUCUGUAAGGAUGACAUCACAGCGCUCAGGUCUCGCCUCCAGACAAUCAGGCAGCAGGCGGAGAGCGUCGCCACCUCCACCUCUCCAGCAGCUUCUAGCCAUGCAGCCGGGGCCCCCCCAACCUCAGGGCCCAGGGCCCAACCUGUGUCUGGGACCAAGGCCGUACUCGGCUCAGGGGCCAGGGCCCCCUCCACAUCAGGGCCAAAGGACCAACCUGCCUCUGGGUCCAAGGCCGUACUCGGCUCAGGGGCCAGGGCCCCCUCCACAUCAGGGCCCAGGGCCCAACCUGCCUCUGGGUCCAAGGCCGUACUCGGCUCAGGGGCCAGGGCCCCCUCCACAUCAGGGCCAAAGGACCAACCUGCCUCUGGGUCCAAGGCUGUACUCGGCUCAGGGGCCAGGGCCCCCUCCACAUCAGGGCCAAAGGACCAACCUGCACCCACUUCAGAGAGCAGGGCCUCCAGCUUCACUGUGGCCCGGGCCAGAGAGCUGGCCGCUAAAGCCCAGAGGAGGAAGGAGGAGAGGGAAGCAGGCGAAGUCGAGCUGAGCCAGGCUCCGCCUCCAGCUCCAGCCCCAGACAGCGGGGCGGAGCAGCCGGCGUACCAGCGGUACCACACCCUGGCCCAGGCCACGCCCCCUGGCCUGUCCCUGCCUUACCAGUACAAGAUCCUGGCAGAGAUGUUCCGCAGCAUGGACACGGUGGUCGCCAUGCUGUACAACCGCUCAGAGACGGCCACCUUCGCCAAGAUCAAGCAGGGCGUGCAGGACAUGAUGCACAGGAGGUUUGAGGAGAGCCAUGUGGGUCAGAUCAAGACGGUGUUUCCUGCAGCGUUCUCCUUCAGGCAGCAGAAGAACAUCCCAACGUUCAACAGCAACGUCAGCAGAGGAAGCUACCAGCUCACCGUGGAGCCCGUCCUCAGCUCCGACCGGAAUGAAGCGAGACCUGUGCUGUCCGCCUCCCGUCUCCUGGAGAGACGACGCGUCUUUCACCAGAACCUGAUCUCUGUGGUCAAACAGCAUCACAAGGCCUUCCUGUCCUCGCUGGUCCCACCCGUCUGUGUCCCAGAAGACAAACUGACCCGCUGGCAUCCCCGCUUCAACGUGGACACUGUCCCCGCCAUCCAGGUGGGCUCGCUGCCUCCGCCCCCCCACACGGAGAAGGUGUCCACAGCCCGGGAGGUUCUGGAGAAGGCCCGGUCCCUCAUCACCCCCAAGAUGGAGAAGGCUCUGGUCUCUCUGACCCAGAACUCAGGCGACGCAGACGGAACCAAACCAGUCGGUUCCCAGAACCCAGCAGCCGCUCAGCCUGCAGCUCCUCCUGCAGCUCCUCCUGCAGCUCCUCCUGCAGCUCCUCCUGCAGGCCCGGUCUCGUCCUCCUUGAAGGGCGUGUCCCAGUCCCUGCUGGACAGGAUCCGCGCCAAAGAGGCCCAGAAGCUCCAGGCGGCCAUGACCCGGAACCCGGCCCAGGAGGAGCGGCUGCUGAUGCUGACCCGGCUGGGCGAGCUGGCCCGGAUCCUACGGAACGUGUUUGUCGCAGAGAAGAAGGCGGCACUGGUCAUGGAGGUGGCGUGCAGCCGCAUGGCGGCCAGCUACAGAUCAGCUCUGAGUCUAGGUGAAAUGGAGAAGCACAUCCAUCUCCUGGCUGAAGUGGCUCCUGAUUGGCUGAGCAUUCAUCCCAUCAGGAAGGAUUUCUACCUGAAGCUGAACAAGAUGGUGGAGCUCAACGUCAUUCUGGACAAACUCAACCACAGACUCAGAGAGGAGGAGCGACUCUGACAGGACUCGACCUUCUGCCUCCAGAUAUAAGCUGCUAAUUUCCUGAGAGUUUCUCAGAUUGUUGCAACAUGAAGAUGAUCUCAGUUGGAGAGACAACUUUUUCUAAACCUCAUGAUGUGUAGACCCAGCCUGGUUCUGGUGUCCAGCCGCCUGCAAUGGAGAAAGAUUUCUUUUUUUUUUCUUUUUUUAUUCUCUUCUCAAGGAAGAAUGUUGGAUUGCUGACUUGAUGUCUCUUAGGAUCAAGUGAUAUCAGGAGUGCUGCAUGUUUCUAUGAGCCCCACUGAGCCUACCGUCAUCCUCACACACACUGUGUGUGUUGUAAAUGUCAUGUUACCAGUUUGGUGCACAGUACAGACUCAAGUUCCAGUUAAAUGUGUGAAAUAGCCAGUGUUCCCAGUGUGUUCCUGUAACCUCACGAUGUAGCCAUUUAGCUUCCCUUCAGGCUGGGCUUCCUGCUCUCUGAUUGGCUAACACCUGUACAGGUGAUGAUCACUAUCGAAGUGCAUCUCAGUAAAUAAACACAUUAAAAAGUUGA